UCUGGUGAGCAAUUACGAAUUCGCAAGUGUAAUUGAGUAAUGAGUAAUGGCUAAUGAGUAUGUUGGCAACAGUAUGGCAUCAACGUGGGGGGUGGAAGCCCCGUCACGAGGUUGUCGACGGUGGGUGAGCCACGACUGUAGCAUUCGUACGCAGCCGACGUGGCACAAUCUGCCACCACAGAUACGUCAAAGUCACUAGCCCCACCCCUCUGUCUACCUAUUGCAUUUCUAUAAAUCUCUUUCAACUCCUCUAACCCUUUUUUCACUUCAGCCAGCUAAAUAAUACAACCACGAGUACCUCGUUUCCAACCAUGCACUUCCCCUUUUCACCACACUCUCUACUCUCUACUACUGGUUUAUAGCCACUGACCUCACUCUCUUUACUGUCUUCUUCCUUUCUUUCUCACAAUUUCUGCAUUUUUUUGUCUUGUAAUUAAUUACCCUAUCCACAUGGGAAGAGCUCCUUGUUGUGAGAAAGUUGGGUUGAAGAAGGGUAGGUGGACAACAGAAGAGGAUGAGAUCCUGUCAAAAUAUAUUCAGGCCAAUGGAGAAGGUUCUUGGAGGUCAUUGCCUAAGAAUGCAGGAUUAUUGAGGUGCGGGAAGAGUUGCAGACUUAGAUGGAUCAACUAUUUGAGAGCUGACCUCAAAAGAGGGAACAUUACUGCUGAAGAGGAAAAUACCAUCGUUAAGUUGCACUCUUCUUUUGGCAACAGGUGGUCUUUGAUAGCAAGUCAUUUGCCAGGAAGAACCGACAACGAGAUAAAAAACUACUGGAACUCUCACCUCAGCAGAAAAAUUUACAGUUUCCCGAAGCAAGCAGGUGCAGUGGUCAUGGACACAGCCAAGGCAGCAACACUUAUUCCUCCGAAGCGCAAAGGUGGUAGAACAAGCCGUUGGGCCAUGAAGAGGAACAAAAGCUACACCCAAAACGAUACACCCCAGAGGCCAACACAGAGUUUCACGCAACACAACAAUGACACAGCCGCAGUUCCGCCGCUGGAGGCUGACGUGGCAGAGGUUGGCGAGAGGAGAAGGGAGGUGGUGGAGGGUGUGGAAGAAAGUUCCGAUGACGAUAUAUUAGGACUGCGUAAAAUGGAGGGCAUUAAUGAGGGUAGUGGGGCGUUGGGUUUCAGUGACGUGUUGGAAACAUGUGGGGUCCGGAACUUAAGUGAAGAAAGAGACGUGAUGGGUGUUACGUGUCACAACAAAAUGGCAUCAAGUGAGAGUAGCGUGAACGGCGACAGUGGAGGAGAAUGGUAUUCUUGCUCUUCCACGACCUUGGCUUCGGAAGAAAGCUGGGAUUGGGAGAGCGUGAUAGAGUUUAAUAAGAUUUCUGAGUCCGAAGCUUAUGACUGGGAGCACCAAGAGAAACUCCUCACUUGGCUGUGGGAAGAUGAUGAUUGGGAAACCGAUUGCAAGACAAAUUCUCAGAUGCAAAACGACAUGGUUGCCUGGUUUCUCUCUUGAUCCCCACAGUGAAAUUGGUCAUACUCGUCUGUACUCUCAGCCUUAAUUUUUCCCCUUUACCCUUCUACUCUUGCGUUUUUUAAGCCAUAUAGCUAGGGUUCAAAAAAUGUGGUAGAUUUAGAGCAGACAUUCCAGUCCGUUUUACAUUGCUAGCUAGUUAAAAAUGGAUUUCAUUAUGUAUUAUUAAAUUAGAUUUUGAUUCGUGGUUUAUAAAUAAAUA